UCUUCAGACCCUUUUUCUCCCCGCCGCGCGGCUUCUCCCGAGGGCGAGCCAGAGGUCUCCUGGGAUUUGAGCACGUGUCCACUCCCAGAUUCACGACGGAAGGUGGACGGGGCGGCGACCCCUCAGGACACACCCAAGGGCGCUGGUUAGAUACAGGAGGCAGUUUUCGUGGUGUACAUUGCUGUCCUUGGUAAGACUAUGUCGUCCAUCUUGCCGUUCACUCCACCAGUUGUGAAGAGACUGCUGGGAUGGAAGAAAUCAGCUGGGGGUUCUGGAGGAGCAGGCGGAGGAGAGCAGAAUGGACAGGAAGAAAAGUGGUGUGAGAAGGCAGUGAAAAGUCUGGUGAAGAAACUGAAGAAAACAGGACGUUUAGAUGAGCUUGAGAAAGCCAUCACCACUCAAAAUUGUAAUACUAAAUGUGUUACCAUACCAAGCACUUGCUCUGAAAUUUGGGGACUGAGUACACCAAAUACGAUAGAUCAGUGGGAUACAACAGGCCUUUACAGCUUCUCUGAACAAACCAGGUCUCUCGAUGGUCGUCUUCAGGUAUCUCAUCGGAAAGGGCUGCCCCAUGUUAUCUAUUGCCGACUAUGGCGCUGGCCUGAUCUCCACAGUCAUCAUGAGCUCAAGGCGAUUGAGAACUGCGAAUAUGCUUUUAAUCUUAAAAAGGAUGAAGUAUGUGUAAACCCUUACCACUAUCAGAGAGUUGAGACCCCAGUUUUGCCUCCAGUGUUAGUGCCUCGGCACACAGAGAUCCUAACAGAGCUUCCGCCUCUGGAUGACUACACCCACUCCAUUCCAGAAAACACUAACUUCCCGGCAGGAAUUGAGCCACAAAGUAAUUACAUCCCAGAAACGCCACCUCCUGGCUAUAUCAGUGAAGAUGGAGAAACAAGUGAUCAGCAGCUGAACCAAAGUAUGGACACAGGAUCUCCGGCAGAACUGUCGCCCACUACUCUGUCCCCAGUUAAUCAUAGCUUGGAUUUGCAGCCAGUUACUUACUCAGAACCUGCAUUUUGGUGUUCAAUAGCAUAUUAUGAAUUAAACCAGAGGGUUGGAGAGACCUUCCAUGCAUCCCAACCCUCACUCACUGUAGAUGGCUUUACAGAUCCAUCAAAUUCAGAGAGGUUCUGCUUAGGUUUACUCUCCAACGUUAACCGGAAUGCUACAGUAGAAAUGACAAGGAGGCAUAUAGGAAGAGGAGUACGCUUAUAUUACAUAGGUGGGGAAGUUUUUGCUGAGUGCCUAAGUGAUAGUGCAAUCUUUGUGCAGAGCCCCAAUUGUAAUCAGAGAUACGGCUGGCACCCUGCAACAGUGUGUAAAAUUCCACCAGGCUGUAACCUGAAGAUCUUCAACAACCAGGAAUUUGCUGCUCUUCUGGCUCAGUCUGUUAAUCAGGGUUUUGAAGCCGUGUAUCAGCUAACUAGAAUGUGCACCAUAAGAAUGAGUUUUGUGAAAGGGUGGGGAGCAGAAUACCGAAGGCAGACAGUAACCAGUACCCCUUGUUGGAUUGAACUUCACCUGAAUGGACCUCUACAAUGGUUGGACAAAGUAUUAACUCAGAUGGGAUCCCCUUCAGUGCGUUGCUCGAGCAUGUCAUAAAGCUUCAUCACCAAUCAAGUCCCUUCAAAAGACUUAAUGUAACAACUCUCCUGUCAUAGUAUUUGUGUGUGAUCCCCAUGGACUGUUGACUAUCCAAAAAUCAAGAGAGAAAACAGCACUUGCAGUCUCAUCAAUUAAAGCACCUUGUGGAAUCUGUUUCCUAUAUUUGAAUAUUAGAUGGGAAAAUUAGUGUCUAGAAGUAUCCUCCCAUAAAGGAGGAUGAGAAGAUUUUAAAGACUUAAUGAUGUCUUGUUGGGCAUAAAACUUGAGUGUCCCAAAGGUUUAUUAAUAACGUAGUAGUUACGUGUACAGGUAAUGUAUCAUGAUCCAGUACCACAGUAUUGUGCUGUUUAUAUACAUUUUUAGUUUGCAUAAAUGAGGUGUGUGUGUGCGCGCGCUGCUUCUUGAUCUAGGCAAGCCUUUAUAAAGUUAUAGUACCUAAUCUGCUUUCCCACUUUAUUAUUUUUGUGUCUUUUUUAAUAUAUAAUAUAUAUAUUAAGAUUUUCAAAUUAUCAUUUAGAAGCAGAUUUUCCUUGUAGAAAAACUAAUUUUUCUGCCUUUUACCAAAAAUAAACUCUUGGGGGAAGAAAAGUGGAUUAACUUUUGAAAUCCUUGACCUUAAUGUGUUCAGUGGGAUUUAAACAGUCCUUCUUUUUGUGUUUGUUGAUUUACUGCUAAAUCUCAUUAUAAGGAGACCAUAAUGAAAAUCUUUCCAUGCCUCUUUGUUCUGUCCCCACUUUUGUCCUGAUACCAAAACAGCGUAGUACGUCAUUGCCGGUACUAGUUGCACUGUUAACUACUGGCACCAGGUAAUUCUGGGGUGCAGUAAAUGUUCAUCUAGAGUAUGUCUCCCUGUCCUACAAGCAAUUUCAUCAAAGAAUAACUGACAUGUGUAACCUAGCAGUCUAUGGAUUUAUCUUUCCACCUCAUUUAAAAAUGCGUAGGUGGCAGUAUGAUUAUUUUCAGGGAUAUGCUAGAGUUCCUUUGGUAUAUUUAUCCUUUUUUUAAAAGCCAGUCUUUAACUAUAAGUACCCUUUUUUAAAAGGUAUUUUAAAAUAUUUCAACAGCACUCUUUCUGCUCUUUGAUUUGCGUAGUUUCAUUUGAUUUAGUUUCCAGAUUACUAUGAAAUGGACCUUUUGUAAUUGUACUUGCUUCUGCAGAACAACUGGACAAGUGAUGCUGAGGUAUGAUCAGCAGACAAGGGCCAUCUCUUUUUAAACUAUGUUGUAUUCAAUUUAUAAAUUGAAUGUUAUUUUACAUAAUUGUGAAUUCAGAAUUUUAAAAAUUGGGGGAGAAGUCAUACAGCAAGUUUUUUUAGCUUACAGUAACGCAGUCUGAGCUGUUAUUAGCUAACCCUGAGUAUGUGGUCGACCGUAUUUUAUGCUCUGCACUGAGGAGAUGCCAGAAGCGCCAUUGGUAGUCCAUUCUGCAGCAAGUAAUAAUUAUGUCUGAUGUUGACUCAUCGAGUUUUAAACAUUUCCUCGUGUUUGCAUUUCAGUAGAAAUGGAAAAUAACCUGACCCCAUUUCGUAAAUUUUCAUACUUUUGAAGAUAGAUACCUUUGGUACUUGUUCUUUGAAACCAUAUUCCCCUGUGUCUACAGGUUUCAUUUUCAAUACCUUUAGCAUUUGGUUGUUUUCUAUUGAAUACUCCCCAUUUUCUUAUAUUUGUGUGUAUAUGUAUGUGUUCUUGUAAAUUUGGUAUAGUAAUUUUUUAUUCAUUCGAUAAAUAUUUAUUGUUCACCUGUUAUGUGACAGGAACUUUCUUAGCCUUUGGUAAAGGUGAACAAGACAGCUAUGGUCCCUGCCUUUGUAUCUUGUCUGUGAAGGAAAUAAACAGGGUACUGUGCUAGAGAAUAACAGAUGAGAUGCUUUAGGUAGGACAUAGAGGAAGGUCUCUCUAAGAAAGUGAUGCUUGAACUAACAACACCUGAUAUAGAAGGAGCAAGCCAUGUGACGAACUGGGGAGAUCGAUCAGCAUUCCUGACGAAGAGAACAGAGAAGCAUCAAAGACAAAGGCUCAUGCUAAAGGAAACUCAUCAUUAGGUAUUAAUGCUUUAUACAGAAACCUCUAUACAAACCCACACUUGAAGAUCAGAAUGAUUCUACAGUUUAUAAUAUGUUGAAGGUGGCCUUAUUUUGUGAUAGACUGCUUCCUGUCCGUCUCACUAAUAUAUCUUCUUCCUGAAAGCUUUGCUGCAAAAUUUUUAUUUGCAUCAGAUCAAUACCACUUAAUUUAACAUCUCUUGCUUAUGCAAAUUUUCACCAUUGUAGUGACCAGCUACUUGCUCAUAGACUCCCUGCUGCCCACUAAUUAUGAUUUCCACUGCCCAUGUUGUGCUUAACAUAAAUGUUCCAGUUGUCACCACUAUCAAGCCUGCUGGAGAUAAUCAGUAGACCCUCAGCCCUUCUAAGAAGUUUUUAACUCAAAAGCUUUCAGUAAUGUUAGGGAACAGUUCUGGGGCAGAGAACAGCUGUGAGAGUGGUAGAAAGUCCUAGCAGUUGCACAUUGAUGUGUUAAGUGAAGCAGUGCUGAGUGGCAUUUCCACAGUGGAGAAUAUCUCUACAAUUCUGGUGGGUUUUUCUGUACAGUGUGAACUAGGACUUGACUCUGAAAACACUUGUUGUAUUGAGCAGUUAUACCUGUUGAACAUUGGACUUCAUCAUGGCAGUGAUUUCAUUCAUGCGAAUAUGUUUAAUGAUCACAUUUUAUUUUUAAUGACAUAGUUGAGGGGUUUCUUUGCAUUAUGUUUUCUCUACCGUGGCCCAAUUUUUGUUAAUUCCCCUCUCUUUCUUAUAGGAGUGGUCUUCCUUCUUCUAAGUGAUAGGGCUCUUUGAAUUUUGUCUUCAUUUAAAUUUAGCAACACUAUGUAGAAGGUAUCUUCCACAGUACUGGCAAUUUCCUCAGUUUAAAGGCGAAAGAACUGCAUGAUCAUCUUUCCUAUCACGUUUCUAGGAUGAUUGAUGGUUUUCCCAGUGGAUUCGACAAGACCCCUUGGAACUGGUUUGAGGGGCAGAGGCUGUGAAGUUCCCACUGACCUAGGUCUAACCAGAAGCAGUGUUAGUUUUUUGCUCUGUUGGAGUUCUACAGAAAAAUUUGUUAUUUUGGGGAAAAAAGUUUUCAUUGCUUUAAAAAAAUGAAAGUUCAAAAAGUCUUUGUAAUUACAGGUUAAGAUUUGAAAAUAUAACUGGAUCUCAGCCAGCCUUUUGAAACAACACUGAUUGUGCUUUUUUUCAUCCUACUUUAAAGAAGCUUUCCUGAUUAGGUUUAAACUACACCAGUUACAUGGAUUACCCAUUACGGUAGACGUUCAGUUGAUGAACGUUAACUGAUGCCUAUUGUUUACCCAGCCACUGUGAUUGAUCUUCAGUAAUAAAAUGAUGACCGGCAUAUGGUCCUGACCCUCAAGCUAUGCUCACACUUGGGGGAUGACUUUCUGUCUUAGGAUCUGCCACUUUGCCAGAAGGAAAUCUACCUGAUUUUUCUAGAAAGCUAAGUAUUCUUAUCCUAAGUAUAUAUUUACAGAUUGUUUACUGUCUAGUCAUAUUUUUACCUUAAACCAUAUCAUUCUGCUUUAUCAGAUUCUCCUUUGUUAAAAUAAUUUAAUUUCACUUUAUUUGUGCCUUUAUUUUCAGUUUCAUGAGGACUAAGUCUCCAAAGGUGAAAAACAAUCAUUCUACUUUCCUGCUAGUUGAAAUCAGAUAAAAGAGAAUAUAUAUCCAGUUGGAUUCUCUACCUCUUCCAAAAGCUGUCCAUUUAUAUCCUUAAGAUCAGUGGGGGAUUUUUUUUUAAUGACUAAGUAGUCGGAACAUUUAUUCGUUAUUAGGCAACCUCCUGGUCUGAGGACAAGAGUUGAUAGUGGGAUAUAAAGUAACACAGUACAAUCUUCACUAUUUAUAAUAGACAGUUUCUGCUUAGAAAGCUGAACAUUCCUGCGUCCCAGUUUGCCCCCUCCAUCCCAUCCCUUUAGAGUCUCUUGAUAGAACUCAGCAAUCUGUGGACGUGAACAACAAAUGGUUUUCUCGCACUCUGACUUAAGCAUGGAAGUUUAGACAUAUCAGACUAUUGCCCAUCUUUAGUCCUUCAUGUGUGUUACUGUGCUAAAGCCUUUAUAACACCAACUAGGUUUUAUCCUUCCUCCUUUCUGACAACAUGUGUCUAAGUGGUACCUGUGGGUUGCCCUCCCCUGCCAACCAUGUUUUCUCUGCAUAAUGUAUGAGAAUACUUCUCCCCUUUGAACUUCUCAGUUAACCAAAAAGGAGGUGCUCUUCAUACCCAGAGCCCUAAUUUCUUCACCGUUAAUAUUCAUAGUGUUCAAAUUGGUCACUCACGUCUCACAAAUGACUCAAAUUCUGUCUAGCAAAAUGUCUUUGUGACUGACCAGUAGUAUAAAUUGUCAGACUCUAUUUUAAAUUGUUUAAGGUUAUAAACUUCUCUGGCAGUUGCAGCCAGUGUUUUCUCUGUAAAAGCAGCUGUACUUUCAUCUUGGGGCAUAGCGGAUUGUUGUAUUUAAUACAUUCGGGAAUAAUGAUUGUGUGUGGUCUCGAGGUAGUCAAAAUUCUGCUAGUGAGUUCCUUUUAUAUCUUCCAAGUUUUCAUGAAUGGUUGUUCGGACUACCUUUUGUGUAAGGGGAUGGAGGGGCAGAUUAUCUCUUUGGAGUAGAAUUCUUGUGUUUUGAGCCUCACAAUCAGGAAAUAUGAGCUAUAUUAGAUAGCCUCAUGCUAGCCUUUAUGAUAAGAGUUUGUCUUGUGUGUUCAUGUAACUUCUUGAGUAGGGACUGUUUUAUCUUGGAUAUUAUAGCUAACUUUAUAUAUAGCAGAACUGCCUCAGUCGUCUUAGUAGAAUAAUUUGUGUGUAUGAAUUCAUAUAUACAUAUACACUCAGAAAAAAAACUAACCAUUGGGGUCAUUUUAACAGUGUUGAAGGCUUUUGUCAUUCGAUCUCAGAUCUCAAUAAGAACUUCUAAAUUUGCUUAUAGAUACUUCCCUUUCAUCAACUGACUCUCAGAGUAAUUUUUUUUAAAAAUUCUGCCACAGUCCUAAUUUGACAGUUCCAUUAGUAUAUCAUUUUUAGGCAGCUUGACAACUUAAGAAUCAUAACAGAAAUUCAAAUCAAAUCAAGAUCUACCGUAUACCCUUUGCUAAAUUAUUGUUCAUCCUGUGGUCCCUGGAACCUAGUAAUUCAGGACUAACAUUUUAAAAAAAUUAUGUGUAUUAGAUUGUUCUCCCCUUUGUUACUUCCCCACUGGUGUUAAGAUUGCUGCUUAAGAUACCCUGGGAAAUACCACUAUAUGGCCACAUUUUCUUUUCUCUCUCUCUAUAGCCUAAAAGUGGUUGAGAUCUGACUUGCUUUGCUGUGCCCAACAGAAUAGAUUUCCCAAGGUUCUUUGGGCCAUCCAUGGCCUAAAGGGAAUUUGGCCAGAGCAUAAUAACCUAAGCUAACUGUAGUAUCAGAGUUGGAUUGCUGCCGUGAGAUCUGUAAUGGACCCUACAUUUCAUCAUUGCUUGAGAUGGAAGGGUCUCUUGGGAAAAUACCACUGAUGAUGCGGUUGGGAAAGAUUCAUUAACUCCACACAGAGGCUUUUAGAUUUUUCUUCAAAAAUUUUCAGGAAAAAUAACUCUCUCCCACUUUAUUAAAAAAUUAAGAGCCCUUUUCCAAAAUUUCCAGUUUACUUUUUUAGGUUGGGGAUAGAAAUUUACUUCUUACUUUUUAAUAAAAGAUGAGAACUUAUUAGAUAAUGAAAUCCAUGAUAAUUUAAGAACAAUAGUGAAAUUUUAGAAUGAUAAAAGAAUAUUUAAGUGCUUUAUGCACUUUCCAUUUCACAAUCAGCUGUUCCCCUUUCUCCCUGUGGCUUUAAAGUUUCCAGUUAUUUUACAGUGUUAGUCACUAGGUAACUGACCAUACUAAGUUCUGCCCUUUGUGGUGCUGUAGUGUAAAGUUGGUUCUCCGCAUUUGUCUGUUGGAAAAGAAGGCUUAACGAAAGUCUGUUCUUCCAGUAAGGUUUUUCUUUCCUCAGUAAGCCCCAAAGAAAGUAUGUUUGCCACUUAGUGUUCUCAUUCUUGGACUCUUCAACCUGAAAAACAACUUAAUGAGAAGGAAUAGUGUCCUUUUCAGGUGAAUGUAUGUCCCUGCUUUAAGAAUGCUGGUUUUUGCAAACAAUACACACACACAUUAAAUGAGGAAAAAUAAUUACCACAUAUAUAACAAAUAAGUAACAAUGCGUAGAGUUUAAUUUUUUAAAAACCUUUCUUGACAAAAGAGCCUAAAUUAGUCAUUUGUUAGCCUUUACCUCAAUCUUCAUGUUUGCUUUUAUUUGACUCUGACUUUUAAGGCAUAAAUAUUUGUAUCUUUUUAUUAAGAUAAUGAAGCUAUGACACAAGAUUUUUAUAUGAGAGUAUAAAGCAAAAAAAAAACUGUAGAGAUUAAGAAGAAAAUAUUUCUAUAAUUGUUGAACUAGAUCACAACAUUGUAGACAAAAAUUAAAACGAAUAAAAAGAAUAUUCUUUCUUACCAUCUUUUCCCAAGACCAGACUUGUGGAGCAGAGUUAAAAGUAACAGAAUUCUGGGCCUUCGAAAUUUGAGGGAGAUAUCUUCAGUUGGCAGUCUUUUUCAUAUAUGAAGCAAAAAUGUGGGAAAUAGUUGGCAGAGAAUGUUUCUCACCUAAAAAAAGAAUAUGAAAAGACAUUCAAAACUGGAUUCUUCAUUUGGCUCUCAAAAUCUUAAGGUACGGUAAAAUACCAUGUAACUGGACAAAGCCAGUAAAACCUUCAGAAGAUUUAUCUGAAAAACAUGAUUCAAGAAUGAAUUUUUAUGUACUGCCCACUAAUCUGAUUGAUUACUAGCAACUCUUCUUAAGUGACACUGUAAGUAUUGCUGGAUUUCCUGCCUUGUAGCAAAUUUAGAGGAACUAGCCAUGAGCAAGUGACCUAAGAAUAUUUGGGGGUGCUGAUGCCCUUAAAUGAGGCUUUUUGCUGCUGAAAGUUUUCAUCUUUUCUCUAGGGAUACUGGCGGUAGAUGAGUGGUGUCCUUAGGGUGACAACUACCCUGUGUGCUUCAGACUGAGGGGUUCCCUUGAAGCACACUUCUCAUUCUGAACUCAAGCAAGACUCACCCAGGGGGAAUUGGCCACCUUAGGUGCCCUUGUGACUAACCCUCACUCCCUCACAUUGUAGUAGUUGCAGUGAAGUUCAGCAGCCUUCUGGGUGUCACCAUUUUCGGUACUUACUGGGAUAUAUGGCAUCCAGUCCCUGUGGAUGGAACAUGAGACUUACACCAAGCAGAGGCACUAACAUGGAGGUGAGACUGACAGACUGAUCCAGCAUACCAAGGUAACUGGUGGUACCGAAGAGGCAACUAGAUAGCUGAGUUCUUCAGAACGGGUGAGGAUAUGUAAGUACAGAUCAUGUGUCUUUAGGUUAAAUACAACCCAAAAUGUAAAUGUUCACAGUAAAAUAAAACAGUGGUUUCAGAUCUCUUUUCUUGGGAGGGAAAAUACAGCCUUUGUGAUGUUCUGGCCCCUUCUCCAUUUCCCAGUCUGUCCUGCUCAAGAAGCCAGAAUGUGGUAUUAUUACAUGUCUUUCUGAUGAAUGUCAUAUUGAAAUUAUUAAAUACAUCAGCCAAUGGCAGGUAAAGGACUGGGUGUCCUGCUGCAGAGCGGCUGCCCUGUUUCUAAGCACCACCUCCUCCCAAGGUGCUUACCAGCUAGAACACAAACACGUAAGGUGGGCUUUUUCUAACAUGGCAUUAACUUUGUAAUGCAAUAUGAUGGAUGCAGAUGCCUCCCGUUCCCCUCUGGUAGUCCUCAGUGGCUGCAUCCUUUGCGCACUGUGAUGGAGAUAUUAAAUGUGUUCUUUGUAACCUUUCAUCCUAUGAUCGUCGAAAGUAUGAUGUGGUUCCUGUUUGUUUUUUAUUUUUUAAUUAUUAAACACCGAACUGAGGCUUUAUUACAGCUGGUUUUCAAGUUAAAAUUGUGAAAUACUGAUUUCCUCUCCCCACCCACACCAAAUAUUUUAGUCUAUUUAAAGUACAAAAAAAUAGUUCUGCUUAAGAAAACAUUGCUUAAGUGUCCUGUGAUUUCUGGUCAAUUUUUAUAUAUAUUUGUGUGCAUCUGUAUGUGCUUUCACUUUUUACCUUGUUUGCUCUCUACCUGUGUUAACUGUCACCAUUGAAAGGUGGACAACUUUCCUAGCAUUAAAAAAAAAGCCAUUUGACUUGUUUACUAUGUUA